CGGACCGAGCCGCGGCCGCAGCCGGGCGGCUGGCGCAGAGGAGCGCGGCGGCGGGCAGGCGGUCAGUCAGGCGACGGCGACGAUGCGGCGGCCCCGCUGAGCCCGCCAGCUCCGGGCGCCUGGGGCCGGCCGCGCGAGGCGGCCGGGGCUGGGCGGCAGCAUGCGGAGCGGCGAGGAGCUGGACGGCUUCGAGGGCGAGGCCUCGAGCACCUCCAUGAUCUCCGGCGCCAGCAGCCCGUACCAGCCCACCACCGAGCCGGUGAGCCAGCGCCGCGGGCUGGCCGGCCUGCGCUGCGACCCCGACUACCUGCGCAGCGCGCUAGGCUGCCUCAAGGUCGCCCAAGUGAUUUUGGCCCUGAUUGCAUUUAUCUGCAUAGAGACCAUCAUGGAGUGCUCCCCAUGUGAAGGCCUCUACUUUUUUGAGUUUGUGAGCUGCAGUGCGUUUGUGGUGACCGGAGUCUUGCUGAUUCUAUUCAGUCUCAACCUUCACAUGAGGAUCCCCCAGAUCAACUGGAACUUGACAGAUUUGGUCAACACUGGACUCAGCACUUUCUUUUUCUUUAUUGCUUCAAUUGUACUGGCUGCUUUAAAUCACAAAACCGGAGCAGAAAUUGCUGCCGUGAUAUUCGGCUUCUUGGCCACCGCAGUGUACGCGGUGAACACGUUCCUGGCAGCGCAGAAGUGGAGAGUCAGCCUCCGGCAGCAGAGCGCCAACGACUACAUCCGCGCCCGCACAGAGUCCCGAGAUGUGGACGGCCGGCCGGAGAUCCAGCGCCUGGACACGUGAGGCCGAGCCAGAGUCCUCCUCCCGCUGUUCCUCGCCCGUCCUUUCAAUCAAGUUUUCCUUCCCUCAUCACGUCAGAUUUUCAUGCGAUUAAGUUGAAUUUUGUCCUCUUUGGUAAAAGUUCAUUUUGGGAAGGGUUCUCAGAGUGGCCCUGGUGGCGGUGUGUGCGGCAGGGAGCCCCGUGUCCAGCUGUUCGGACAGAGGUGGGCGGGAGAGGCCCAUAGAUCCUCCGGUUUGGCGGCCAGAGGAGCCGCUGGCCUCACUGGCUGUCUUGCCCUCUUUAGGUCUUCACUGUCCCUGAGCACAAGCUUCAUCAUCUGACUGUGAGCCACCCCAUCAUAUGUAUUUGUGACAAGUCAGGACUUUGGAUUAAAGUGGGGGCUGCUAGGAAGGAAAAAAAUCAAGGCGCGGCGGUAUAGGGUGGGAAUGGUAGGUGAGUAGCGAUUCCUGGGUGGCCCCCAAGGUGAGCCCUGGGUCAGCUUUAGUCUCCCUGCCAGGGUCCUCCCCCACUCCUUGUCUUCCAUGCCUGGGCAUCGAGACACCAGCACUAGAAAGCCAUGUGUGACACUGGGGGCCUUGGUGCUGGGUGUGCUGGUGGAGUUCUUGGAUGGCCGUGGCUUUAUGGGGAUGGGAAAAAAAGCUGGUGUCCUCGGGACAGCGCCACAGCACUGCUGACCUGCAGGAGGGUCGCUCUUUCCUACCCUGCUGAGAAAUCCCUUGAUGCUUCUUCAAAUGAAUCACCUCCUUGAAUCCCAGACUCUCCUCCAGGAAUGUGGGGACCAUUUUAUUUUCCAGUUUCCGACCUACCUUCAAUACUUUGAGGCUGGACUGCAGAUUUUCUGUCCUUUUACCUUCUCAGGUAAAAGCUAUAAAAGAAACACAGUCCACUCCACCAGCCAGAAUCCUUGCCCAUUUGCUGGCAUCAUGGACCACAGGUGAGGACCCACCUCUCUUUUAGGGGUGUGUGAUUUUCAAAUGCCUGAGAAGAGUUCUAGAGUGACUCUGAGUAGAUCUGUCUAGGAUUUGAAAAUACUUGAAUCUGCACCACGACACACCCUCUCACUGAUGUUGCAGAGGCAACGGCGACCCUGUGCCUCAUGGUCGUAACUAUGAACGUCGGACGAUCCUGGAAGCUGUUGGGGAAAAUACUAGUUACAUGAGGUUUGAACUGACUCUUGGUGAAGUGAAGAUUAUUGUGGUGACUAAGUUAAUUGAGCCCCUGUGAUGCUGUAGGUUUUUUUGACUUUUUUUUUUUUUUUUUUUUUUCUGUUACAGACUAAUUGUAUCUUUUAUGGGAAAAUUGUUUUAACCUGUCAGGUUUUCAAUGCUUUGAACUGUUUUUAAUGUUUACAAACCUCACUCUAGUUCUAAUAUUUUGUGUUUCACCCUCUCCAAGGAAAAAAAGGCUCACUGCUGGUGGGAAGAGUUUAUGUUAAUGUGGAGAGUCCCCAGGAUCUUGUCCUGCUGCAUGUUUACAGCGUCAGCAGUGUAGUAAUGAGAGAGAGAGAGCGCUCUGUGUCUGGAGGUGGGGGAGCAGAGCCGGUGUGGGAAAAUGUCCUCGUGUGCGCACGUGGCAGCGAGGUCUUCAUAGCAGAGCAGCCUCUGCUUUCCCAGCGCAGGUGGAUUGAAGGGGUGGCCCCGCUCAGCCGGGCAGCCCAUGGGAAAUGGUACCGUGCUGUCCCUGAAGGCGCAGGGUGAAGGGCUGGCUCCGUGAACUGAACAUCCCACUCAGUCCGAGUUCUGCUGCACUUCCUUUCCAGGGCAGUGACCCAGGUCAGUGUGCAAGGCCCUGGUCUGCUCAGGGGCUGUGGGUAACUCCCCUUCCCUCUGUCCUGCAGAGGACAGCCAGGCCUGGUCACAAUGGGUCACAUGGAGCCCUCUUCCCAUGGAUGUUGUGAGGCAAUAAAAACCAGUGCCUCACAAACUUUGAACCUAUUAUACGUAGUGAUUUUUGAGGGGAUUUUGACAUCUGGAUUUUAUCUGUUCAUUUUAUAUAUUUAUUUUGCAUUUGUUGAGUGUAUAUGCUUAGUCAGAACGGGGCUUAUCUCCUUUGGAGAGUUCCAUUUAAAAACAGGGUCACAAAGACUCAGGCUUGCAUUUAAUGGGGCCCACUUGGACGGACCACCCUGAACUUUAUCAAAAAUCUCCUGCUGGGAAUCAUGUUACUUGGUCUCAAUAAAAAGCCACCUUUGAAGUGUGAUUGAAAAAAGACCAUUCAGGCAGGGUUGUAGCCUGUUUUCCCAAGUCACUCCACUAAGACCAGUUUAUCAUCUGGUAGAAAGGAGCCUGUUGGCCCCCUGAGGAUGUGUUGCCAGCUGCAAGGAGUGGGUCUGAAGCCCAUGGAAAUUGUGAAUGCCGAUAGAUGAUAAAAGUGGUGACACCUUGUGCCAUAGGCCACUUAGAAAGUAAUUUGCAUUUUAGUAUUAGAAUCCUUGGAAUUAUUUAUGUCCUUGUAACUAUUUAAUGUCCUCUGUGCCAUGAGGCUCUCCCGUUGUUUUCGUAAAUAUGUUUCUUUAUAUUUAAUUAGCUCCCACUACAACCAGAAGAGGCCAGGUGCGAUGCAGAGUCACACAUCAUGUCACCUAUGGCAGUGUGGUGAGAAAUAGGAAGGAAAUAAUAGUUGUCUAGUGUGAAUGGAAAAACACCUGUGUUUUCCUUAUGUUAUCUCUGUGUACAAACAAGACGUUGUAGAUUUGGGGGGCUUAAAAGGGCUCUUUUUUUUUUUUUUCCUCCCCAAAUUGAAGGAAGCAUAUUUUUGCAUUUAAUAGUUUCAGUCUGAACCAAAGUCACUUUGGUUUGGGGUAUUUUUAAGGCUGAGGCAGUCUUAGUGUUUCUUAAUUUUCUGGUCGGAUGAUAUUGGCUUUCACAGUUGGUGCCAAACUUGUGUACGUUUGAAUUUGUUCCUGGAGGCUGGAUGGUUGAAACCCUCAAGUAUUUGAUGGGACCUCUGGUGGUUUUAGAUGGAUGCAAACACUGACGUCUUCAGAGAAAGUUUAUCUUGGCACUAGUGUGGUCAAUGUGGUAUUUUUUUUUCCCUCUAAUCCUCCCUUAUCCUCCCCUCACGCUGCUGAAAGCAUGGGGGGACGUACCUUUGCCCUUUUCUCCCUUCAUACAGCGAGAUUACAGUCCUGAGCGCCUAAGAUCCUUGACGGCUCCAUAUGAAGCCGGGGAAGGACAACAGCAGAUUACAGAUUUAAGCUUCCUGACAGUAGUUUGAUUUAAAGUGAAGAAAAUAAACUUUCACUCUGUGCAGCAGCAGCAAUCUUCCGCGAGUGAUUACCUUUGCACAGAAAGGCAAGCGUGUAGUAGCCUGCCCAGUCCAGGAUCCAUGUCUUGACUGUGGCAACUUGAACCAACCUGCCAGGGUGCAUGGAGCCCAGCCUGGCCACGGGGAAGCCGAGGACCCAGCCUGGCUCUGAGGGUUCAGCUGUAGGAGGUGGAUGCCAGCCCCAGCCUUUUGAAUACCGUUACUGUCCCUUAGCAGGAAGGCUCAUUCCCAUGGGCAGGCGUGGAGUGUAUCUGAACUCCACCCUGGGCCAGAUGCUUGGGGAGAGAGCUUUGUGACUCAGCUGAAAACAUUCCUACUCUUUUUUUUUUUUUUUUUUUUUGUCUUUUUAGGGCCACACCCAAGGCAUAUGGAGGUUCCCAGGGUAGGGGUCCAAUUGGAGCUGUAGCCGCCGGUCUACACCACAGCUCAUGGCAGUGCUGGAUCCUUAACCCACAGCAAGGCCAGGGAUCGAACCCACAUCCUCAUGGAUACUAGUCAGGUUCAUAAACCACUGAGCCACGAUGGGAACUGCAAAAACAUUCCUACUCUUAAAGUUUGUAGUUUCAUCUGCCUUUCUUUGAAGUUUGCUUAGUGACCCAGUCUUGGGUUAAGCUACAGGUAGCCCCUGAGGAGAUGAAGCCACUCUUUUUUCUCUUUUCUUUUUAGGGCCGCACCUGCAGCAUAUGGAAGUUCCCAGGCUAGGGGUCAAAUUGGAGCCACAGCUGCCGGCCUACGUCACAGCCACAGCCACGCAGGAUCCAAGCAGCAUCUGCAACCUACACCACAGCUCACGGCAAUGCCGGAUCCUUAACCCACUGAGCAAGGCCAGAGAUCGAACCCACAUCCUCAUGGAUGUUAGUCAGGUUCAUUUUCCCCUGAGCCACAGUGGGAACUCCUGAAGCCACUCUUGUCUGCACCAGUCCGUAAAUUCCUGCUUGUGGUGAAUGACCCUUGAGUAACCCCUCCACAUGUCAUGAGUGUAUAUGGCCCAAGCUCCCCUUUUCUUGUGCUGUUGGGGAGGAAACCCAGGCUGUGCAGGAUUUUCUCUGGGUUGUUGUUAGCACCUGUUCUGACAGAUGAAUAGUGUGGAGACCACGUGUGGCCAAUUCAGUGAUUCUGGGAGGCAGUGAUAUGUAUGGUUCCCUUAGUCCCCUUCCGGGUCAAACAGCAACUCUGGAGUCAUCAUGCCACUGCCUGAUUGUCACUUUCUGCACAUCUCAUUUACAGGAAAUUUAUGACAUUAAACAGGUAGCAACAGGUGAAAAAACUUUCUGUGCUAAUGGCUGCUGCCAAUUGAUUCUCUUGGGCAAAAUAAAAAGUUGCUUCCUGCUGCGGGGACUGCCAUUAGUGUGUGAGAUCUCCAGACACUUUUCUAGUUCCUAGUGAAGUUUGCAGAACUCAGAGGCUCUUUCUUGUUUCAUCAGCACCCACACUGGGGACCAGCUAGGUGACAGGCAGUGAGGCGGGAACAGGGACAGGUCUGAGAGAUGAGAGGAGGGAGGAGGAGGCCCAGACUCUGCUGUGGGCCUGUUGAGAGCCCUGCACGGGGUUACCCACCCAGGCUGUCUUGAAAAAGUGUACUUGGCUAACUAACUACCUUCCUAUCCUCUUACAAAAAGCGAGGUCUUGUGUUCCGGGACCUUCUUGAGAGCAAGUGCUGAACAUGGAGGCCAGCGUGCCUUGGCCACAGGCCUGGCCAGGUGACCCAGAUUCUGAUUUGGGUGCCACCUCAGAGAGCAUGCAGGCCUAACACUGCCUGCCUUGAGCUUUGUAAACCUUCCUGGCUCUUUGUAAAAUCCUGUUAUUUCUCUUCUCAACACAUAUUGCUGAAAUCAUAAGAACUGUCUGGUUUGAUGGUGUAAUUUGAAAUAUGUUGCUCUUUACAUUUAUUUAAACUCUCUCUGAAAGAAAAAAAAAGUCCCUCACUAUCUGUUAGAUCUAGGAGAAUCUUCUUCUGAAAGUUGGUCUCGUUUGACUUUUCUUCACACCAGUAAAUGGCAUUUAUACACUUUUAAGCUUGAAACAGAGGGGUAGAUCCUGAUAUAUUUUCCCUUCUUUGGUCUCUGUUAUAGUCUUAUUCCAUUUGGAUAUAAUUUCUCAACCUUGAGAUUUUUUUUUCCCUUUUCCUCUCUAGUUUUUAUUAUUCUGUAAACAUAAAAGUAAAAAAAAAAAAAAAAAAAAAUUACCCACAAACCCAGAGUCUAAUUGAGUGGCAACUUGGCUAGAAUAAAGUUUAGUUCAUGGACUCUUCAAUCAUGUAUCUUUUUCACAGGGUCAGUUUGCUGUCUAGUUUCCAUGCCAAGACUUUAAUUUGGGUGACUUGCUAUCUAGACGCACUGGAGUGGUGUGUUGCCUUUGGGAUGCCUUCUACACAAGGCCAAGAGCCUUCAUUAAGGGGUUAAUAGCUUGGAGUCUAGUGAGCUGUAUCAGAAUUUUUCAUGAUUCUGAUUUAGAGUAGGAACUUGUCUCAGAUGGCCUUGAUCAGCUUUGUUGGGGUUAGGAAGAAGCCCAAAGUUUCUUUUCAUAAUUGCACCUCAGAGGAGAGAAGGUGUGACACAAUGGAUUUGACAGUGGUUUGUAUGGGAUUCAGUCAUAGCUUGAAACUGUCCAGCCUGUGUCAUCAUUGGAGGAGACUGACUGCUGAAACCCGGUGGGAAGACCCGCUUUUAUCAGGAAAGCCACCGGGAGGGAUGGUCAGGAAAUGAGGACAGCACAGGGGCCUGGGGCCCAUGCAGCCAGGGCCAGGUCUGGCUGCUUCCCACCACGGGCCGUUUUGCUUUCCUGCAGGUUUCAAGACCUUCGUCCGCAGAAGUGAGGAAGGCAGGUAGUUGGGGCUUGAAGGGCGACCUGGCUGGUCCAAGGCUUCCCAGCGGGGAGCAGGAGGGUGGGAUAGCUGCCUGGCCCCCCAAGAUAGCCCAGGCGUCACUUGCUUCCAACUCUGCCACUGUAACCCAGUUACAAAUGAGUUUUCAAAUCCUGCCUCGUGAUGAAACUGAUGUAUGUGGAUAAAACCAGUGCUUUUCUAUAACUUGAUUCUGAUGCGGUUCCCUCUGAGAGAAUGCGGGGCGUGGGGGAGGGUUGAAACUAUUUGUAUAUGUUGAAAUUUGUUAGGGGUUCAGGAACCCGUGGCAAAAACACUUAACUAUUUAUUAUAGGUAUAACUGUAUUUUUCCUUUUCCCAAAGUAGGUAAUUAUGUCUUUGUAUAUUUUAAGACAGUAAUUUCACCUUUGGUGCCUUCUGUGUGUCAGUCACAUAAACACUCUUGUCAAUCAUGGAAUUGAAACAAAAAGAUGUACAUUUAGUUAAACCAGAUAACACUAUUUUUGUAGCAUGAUUUUAGAUUGUGUCCUUUUAAAAUUGCUUUCAGCAAUGCUGGUUUUGAGGUUUGGUCGUUUUCCCUUUAAACUUUGUUAUGUAUUUUAAAAGAGAAAAAAAAAAAAAAAA